AUGACUCGGAUUCACCACCAAAACCCGAAACGGACAAAAACAACAUUGUCGUGCUGUGCGGAUCAUCGUCCUUUUUGUUACCUCUGUUUAUCUUUUACUGAAUUUAUGAUUAUGAAUUCCUUAAGAAAACGGUCUUUGCCAACCAGUGAAGACUUUCCAUACAUUGUAUAUGGGGUGCCUUUGGCUCCUAAACACGCUGUGUACCAGCAAUACGGUUCACACCCUCCAAGCUGGUUACAAGAAGCUAGAGAUGAAUCUGGACGGAAAAGAUUCCAUGGAGCUUUUACAGGCGGUUUCUCUGCUGGUUAUUUUAACACGGUCGGUUCGAAGGAAGGAUGGACACCAAGUUCGUGGUCGAGUUCCCGAACAAAUCGGGCAUCAGUAGCAAAUGCACCAACACUGGAGGACAUAAUGGACGAAGAGGACCUCGCCGAUCGCGAUGCGUCAUUACAAUUUAUCCCGAGACAGCCCACUAUUAACAGUGCCUGUUCUUUAGAUGAUCCUUUGCUCCGAGAAUUAACUACGUCUUCAAACUCAUUUUGCGGAGAAAAACUCCUUCGACAGAUGGGGUGGAAUGGCCAAACCUUUGUGGGUAGACGAGAUAUCCCGGUCUUUCCACAAGACAUGCACGCAUACCAUGGUCUCGGAUAUGCGGAAGAUAAGACAAUUCAACGGGUUAAAGCAACUCGGAUUCAGUCUAAUGUUUUGCGGAAACGAGACCCAGACAUCAGUUUAGGUGCGCUUAACAACGAAGAAGAAGAAGAUGCCGAUAUUUAUGAUACAGGACCUCCAAUUAAUGUACACUAUGAUAAAGCCCUUACCAUAAAAAAACCCAAACCCGUUCUAUCGAACAGCCUACCCACUAUUCGGCAUGCUUUCAUAAAAAAAAAGAGCAAGAGCAAUGUAUCUUUGGUCUCCACAAAAGGAGAAAAAAAGGUACAAGCAGCUGAAUCAACUUUGUUCCCUGGUUUUGUCACUCGCGCCAAACCAUUCAUGCUUUCGAUCACCUCACAUAGUACUCUUCCGGACAUUCCAGCGGAUUGGCAACCCAAGUACUUGCGUUAUCAAAAACUUAAAUGCUCUUCAGCAUCAGAAUCUUUGCCAAUUAAGGAAUUGCGAGCAGACGAGAGAGGACGACGGCUCGAAGGAGACUUAAAUACACAUGAGAAAGCGCAUAAAGUCAAUUCUCAGAAUUCAGAUUGGCGUCUCAUAGACUCGAAGACUGCUCAACUAGCGUCAGAGCGACCUGAUCACCCAUAUGAAGAUGAACGAAAACCUUUAUAUGAUAAAUUUCUUCAAGCGCAUCUACAGGAUGAUUCCUCAUUACUCUCAGGAAUGUCGGCAGUACUUUUGUCCGAGUUUAUGCAAACUGCUUCGCUAUAUCGUCCGCUUUCAGCAAUUAUGGGAAACCGUUUUGUUUCUGCUACGAUGUCUAAGAGUGAUGAAUCCAAACAAUUGCCGACAACAGAUGCUCCUCCCAAGAAGUUCCUCGAACCGUCACGAAUUGUUACUGAGUUCAUACCAGAAAGCCUACUAUGCAAGAGAUUCGGCGUUCCGCUGCCUAACAAUGCAAAAGUUAUAAAAACAUCUGAAGCAAAACGGUUAGAGCCUACAAUUAUGAGCUAUGAAGAGGAACAAUUACAACAAGAACGACCGCAGGACAGUAUCUAUGAAGCUAUUUUCGGUAACUAA